GGGUAGAUUACACAGGAAGUAUUUGUAGCGAGCGUGGUACACUGACGAGUUUGUUACUGAUAUAAUCAGUCAGAAACCACAGCAGGAUGAUGUGUAGUUGGAGUUGGACUACUGUCAUUUGUGUUUUGUUGUUUUCCCAUAGUUGUAUAGGAGGAGCGCCGACAGCUGCGUCAACUGUUUAUAUUCGUUUUGGAGAAACAGCAACUCUGGCUUGGAAUUUGCAUGGGUCUGGAAACAAAGACUUUUUUGUUAGAAACGAUUUUUGGAAGGAAACGGUGUUUCACAUAACGAACUUUAACGAAUUCAACAUUGCCAAUGAGAAACUGAAAUCAAGGCUGGAAUUCACUGGAAAUAUAAAUUCCUCAGGAGCUGGUCUCUUCAGCUUCGUGCUCAGUAGAGCUGACGACCAUGACUUUGGUCAGUACAGCUGCUAUCUUGGUUCACCACAACGUCCAGGAACAAAGAUUCCCAACUGUGGGCAACAGCUAGUAGUGAUACGAGUUCAAGAACCUUAUAUCGAGGGCCCGGAAAAGGUAUCCUUUGGCAGUUCUGUUGAUCUGACAUGCAACUCCUUUCUGAAAAGUUACCCAAAUUGGAACCUGUCCAUGAACUUUGUCUGGAUGAAGAACGGAACGAGUGUAGAGAAUGGAGGCAGGCAUCAGUUGGCGUCUGGUAGCAGGGUAUGGAGAGGCGGGCGAUACAUGAACAACACUCUGACUAUCAGUGGCGUGACAAGGAAGGACAGAGCACACAGAUACACUUGUCAGACAGUGGUUGGGGACAAUAUACUCACAGACCACAGUGUGGACUAUGUCCUUAGCGUAGAAUAUGUGCCUAAGUCUCCUCAGAACCUGGAAGUGCACGAGGGAGACACUGUGUUGCUUUCCAUGAGGACACCCCAACAUCAGUCAAGAAUAUACCUGCAAGACCCUAAUGAUAUAAAUGUGUUUGAAAUGGACUCUGCUGAAGGCUACAUAUGGGAAACCUACUGGACCAGGAUCAAGAUCCUGAAAGUCAUCACAUCAUCGGAUAAUGUCACUGUACAGUUCCAACUCUCUGACGUCACAUCAGCUGAUGCUGGGAGGUACCACUGUAGCCUGGAGAAGGGCGGACAUGCAGACUGUGACUGGGAACACGUGCUGGUUGUUUUCAAUAACUCUGUGACUGGGUCGGCUUCACCAUCUGUCGCAACAUCUACUACAGAUAACUCUGUGACUGGGUCGGCUUCACCAUCUGUCGCAACAUCUACUACAGAUAACUCUGUGACUGGGUCGGCUUCACCGUCUGUCGCAACAUCUACAGAUGACACUGCGACUGUACAGGUUUCAGAAGUUGACGAAACCUCAACUGUAGUUCAUACGACGUACGUUUCGACUGUGAGAGAGGAUCAGACCACAUUUGAGCCAGUCCCAUUCAGCAACUCAACUGGUGAUCAUGGUGAUACAACGCCUGCAAGUGAAGACAGCAUGUCUUCUGUAAUGCCCACAUCACCUGAUGGAUCGGAACACUCGAGCAAAAAACUGAUCACAACGACUGAUGCAUCUGUCGGGAAAGGAGGGCUGGAGACCCUUGUUGUAGUCAGUAUUGGAUUCUCGGUUGCAACGACGGUGAUCAUCUCCGUCAUCGCUUUCUUGCUUUGUCGCAGAACAUUCAAACGACGGAUUCAAGAAACCUCUGACGCAAGGCCCCCUGCUCUCGCUCAGGCCGACAACCGCAUCUACUUCGAAAUUGACGAUAUCCGGCCUGCGCAGCAAGACUCCACUCAGAGAAGAGAGGAAGGAGUCAAUUUCAGACGCGAAUACGUGAAUAGUUGCGGUUACCACGAGCUCCGACACUUACGACUUAAGAAAGACAGCGUGAUGCGCAUGACCGGAACUAACAUGGACGACUGCUGUAGUUUACGGUCAGUGUCCACCGUGAAUCAUUAUGAUGAACCAUGGAUCUAAAUAGUCGGCUAGCUGUAGUGCUGUGAAACGUGUCUUCUGGUGGGGCAGGACUUGCUAACUCUUUCCAAGGACACCUGGUGUCAUCAGUCAUUUUCAGUGAUCCUUUCAAUUAAUUUUCACUGCCAUUUUGCCUUCUACGCUCAAAGAAAUCGGUUCCUGCAGAUAAUCGAAGCUUUUUAUUCUAUGAUGUUUGCGUUAAAUGAUUCAUCGUUUAACAUGCUACAGUUGUAUCAGUUGUGAUUGUGCUGAAGUGGCCUCGAAGUCUAGAUGCAUCAUCGUUAUGAUGUUGGAUUUGUGAGGAACUCGACAGUAUACUUGCAUAAAAAGGGAUUCAUUCGAGAUCCAGUUUAUUCAACGAAACUCAUUCAUAUACGCUUUAAGACGUACACAGUCCACGCGCAAAAUCCUGUAUAAAUUUGCUAUUAUUGUUUUAACCAUUAUUAUGUCGAGCUUGAGGUUUGUCAUUUUUGUGGAUACUGUAGAUAGUGAUCAAGUUGCUUACGUCCAUUGUGCAUUCUUCAUUGUCUAUAAACAGACAAAUGUUUGCCAGUAUUAUUAGAUUCGUUUCCUCUGAGCAGGAUUCGUGUUAUUACUGUUGAUUCAUCAGUCCUUAAG